CUCCUCGGGGCCGAGCCCGCGCCUAGGCUGCGCCGCGCUCCGCAACGUGUCCGGCGCGCAGUACGUGGGCUCGGGCUACACCAAGGCCGUGUACCGGGUCCGCCUGCCCGGCGGCGCCGCGGUGGCGCUCAAGGCGGUGGACUUAAGCGGCCACGAUCUGGGCAGCUGCGUGCGCGAGUUCGGGGCACGGAGGAGCUGCUAUCGGUUGGCGGCCCACAAGCUGCUCAAGGAGAUGGUGCUGCUGGAGCGGCUGCGGCACCCCAACGUGCUGCAGCUGUAUGGCUACUGCUACCAGGACAGCGAGGACAUCCCCGACACCCUGACCACCAUCACGGAGCUGGGCGCCCCAGUGGAGAUGAUCCAGCUGCUGCAGACUUCCUGGGAGGACCGAUUCCGAAUCUGCCUGAGCCUGGGCCGCCUCCUCCACCACCUGGCCCACUCCCCGCUGGGCUCAGUCACGUUGCUGGAUUUCCGUCCUCGGCAGUUUGUGCUGGUGGACGGGGAGCUGAAGGUGACAGACCUGGAUGAUGCCCGCGUGGAGGAGACGCCGUGUGCCAGCAGCACAGACUGUGUACUCGAGUUUCCAGCCCGGAACUUCACCCUGCCCUGCUCGGCCCAGGGCUGGUGCGAAGGCAUGAACGAGAAGCGGAACCUCUACAACGCCUACAGGUUUUUCUUCACAUACCUCCUGCCCCACAGUGCCCCAUCCUCACUACGGCCACUGCUGGACGGCAUCGUCAACGCCACAGGAGAACUCACCUGGGGCGUGGAUGAGACCUUGGCCCAGCUGGAGAAGGCGCUGCACUUGUACCGGAGCGGGCAGUAUCUGCAGAACUCCACCGCAGGCAGCAGAGCCAAGUACCAGCGAAUCCCAGAGAGCUCCAUCCCCCAGGAGAACUACCGCUGCUGGCCCUCCUACCAUCACGGUAGCUGCCUCCUUUCGGUGUUCAGCCUGGCUGAGGCCACGGACAUCUGUGAGAGCCACACCCAGUGCCAGGCCUUUGUGGUCACCAACCAGACCACCUGGACAGGUCGGCAGCUGGUCUUUUUCAAGACGGGGUGGAGCCAAGUGGUCCCUGCUCCCAACAAGACCACCUACGUGAGGGCCUCUGACUGACCUGUCUGAGGGCUUAGCUAACCAGCUGCCCUUCCUGCCGGCUGGGUGUGUCUGUGGAGAGAGUGACUUGCACCAGCAGUACUCACUGUCACCUUGGAACCCCUGCAGACAAGGCUGACAUCCCAGACAGACCGACGUGACCAGGACAAAUGUGCAAUAAUGCAAAACAUUAAAAUGUGAGUUUACCAGCCUAGAUAUUGACUGCUGGCUUCAGGGCCAGGAAUUCUGGGGCGCUGACUGCCUCUCCAGCCCUCUGGGCUGCAAGUAAGGCACAGGCUGGCCUCCCUUUGGGGAGCCGUCCCCCUCACCGGGACAAUUCCGUGGGCAGCCCCAUCACUGUGUUCAUAGCGUGAGAAUGUAGCCAAGGCCCUGCCGCCACCGCUGCUGCUGUGCACAUGCCAAGGCCGGGUGGGGGGCUGCGUGAGGACAAUCGGUCACGGGGUGUUCUCUCAGCCGAGCUCUGGACAGGAGACUUGUCUGGGAGAUGCUCCAGGGCGUGGGUGACUCUGGCCUCCCGACAGGGGGCGCACACGGGCCAGCCCAGGGGGCAGCGGCAGAGGAGCACACACCCGUAUGAGCCAAGACUUGGGGUCGAGGAGCAGGUUGCAGUUUGAGCCAGGACCUGGGGCGGGGGUGAGGUGGGGCCUUUCUGCCUUAUUUGCUUUCAGUGAAAGCAGCAAAGCAGCCAAGACCAGGCUCUCCCCCUCCUGGAGUUUGUAUAUCCAGAAGCUUUGUACUUCUUGUUCAUUAAAUUGUUUAUUUUUGUAAAAAAAAAAAAAAAAAGUAUAUAUAUAUCAUUCAGUUAAUAAAAUGACAUUUCACGGCCAAGACUCUUCCC